AUGUGCAUCGAUCAGUUUUCGAUUGUCUAUGAUUUCCCCAACGUGUUCCAGGAGAUUCCGAGGUUGCCGUCGCGCCGGCAGAUUGAGUUCCAGAUUGAUCUUGUGCCUGGUACUUAUUGGACCUCUUUUCCCUUUCCUUUGUACUUUGCAAAACAUUCCAGGCAGAAUACAUUUGGAGAUAUAAGUGGCAAGGUAGCAGCAGACUUUGGUUGUGGUUGUGGUACAUUGGGUAUUGCAGGUGCUCUUUUGGGUGCCGAACAAGUGGUUGGCAUUGACAUUGAUUCUCAAUCUUUAGAAAUUGCUUCAUUAAACGCUGCAGAUCUUGAGUUGGACGUAAAUCUUAUCUGGUGUGACAUCAAAAAUUUAAAAUGGAGAGGCAAAAUAGUCGACACUGUGGUAAUGAACCCUCCAUUCGGGACUGGGAAAAAAGGUUCCGACAUGGAUUUUCUCUUUACAGCUUUGAAGGUUGCCUCUCAAGCAGUCUAUUCAUUGCAUAAGACCACAACAAGAGAUGUAAGUAAUUUUCUUUACCAGCUUCGGUCAAUGCUGUUUUAUGAUGGAAAUUUGCUGAUAAUGGAUACACAACGUGGCAACGCCACACACUUGCUCUCUAAUAUAAAAACAGCAGUCAAUGAGAACUUUGAAUUGAUGAUAACUGGGAUACUUCAAAACAAGCAAUGUAUCUGCACUGUCCUAUUUCUGGAACUUCAAUCUUAUGUGAAGAAUCCAUAUCCACAUCCGUAA